AUGAAAUUAAAUACUGUUUUACUUAGUAGUCUUUGAAUACAAGGAUAUUUUAAUAGAUUCAUUUCUGAUGUAAAAUAUCUAUGGAUAUCUUGAUAUUAACAAUGAAAAAAGGUUUGCGAGCGAUUUGUUGUAUUGGCUGUGCCAUAACUAUCAUCUACUAUAUAUAUUUGAACCACAUCUUCGAAAGCAGCGAUCAUAUAAAGAGGGCAAUAAUAGAGCAAUAUGAGGAUUUGAAAAGCGCAAAUGUUACACAUAUAAUUCUGUGGUGGAAUCAGCCAGCAUGGGUUGGAACCUAUGAAAGAAAAUGUGGUAACUGUAUUGUUGCAACGAACAGAGGCGUUUUCGAUAACAGCUCCGCGGUUGUGUUUUCCCUAGCCGAUCGUGGGAUGGGAAAAAAACCACCGGUAAAAAUCAUUAAGAGAAACCAAAAUCAAAUCUGGAUAGCAUUUUCAUUAGAAGCAAAUACGCUGAACUUACGGAACAGAAACUACGCAAAUAAAUAUUGGAGAAAUAUGUUUAAUUGGACAUGGAACUAUAGGUCGUCUUCUGAUAUAUUUAUGCCUUAUGGACGGGUAUCAAAAAGACAAAAGCCACUGUCAAAAAACUACUCCAUGAUAUUUCAACGUAAGAACAAAUUUGCAGCAUGGGCCGUCAGUCACUGUAAUGCACACAGUUUAAGAGACAAAUUUGUGACACAAAUGAAUAUGUGUUUGCAAACAAAGAGUAUCGACAUAUUUGGAAAAUGUGGCCGUUUAAAGGUUUCAGAGAGUGAACUUUCUAAUUUAAUAGAUAAUGAUUACAAAUUUUAUUUAGCGUUUGAAAAUGCUUUUUGUGAUGAUUAUGUAACGGAAAAGAUAUUUGCAAAUUAUAAUAAUGACGUUAUUAACGUGGUCCGCGGAAAAGCAAAUUACACUGAAAUAUUUCCAAAAGACUCGUUUAUCAACACCAAGGACUUCAGAAACACAAAGGAUUUAGUUCGUUUUAUGAUUGAAGUUUCGGAAAACGAAACCUUGUAUUCGAAUUUUUUAAUUCAGAAAGAUGAAUUUCAAGCCUGGUACACACUCGAAGAGCAAUACAAAAAGUCAAUAUGUGAUAUUUGCCGGAAAUUGAAUGAUCCCGAUCUUAAAAAAAAGAUGAUUUUUGACGCAGUAGAGACACUUGGACAGUGCAUCAAACCAAAUGAUGUUUAGUGUAAACGAGCAUUUCAUUCUAAUCGAACAGGUCACAAUCCUUUCAAAUAUCUCAAAUUGGUAUUGUUAAUAUGUUAAAUGUUCAAUUUCUGACUCAGAAAAAAAUCAAAAUAUGGGGCACGACAAUACGACAUGCAUUAAAACAAUCUUUCAUUUGAGUAUUAAACACAGAGCAAUUUAA